AUGAGCAGCGAACCUACCGAAAUAUGGUCUCCUCCAGAGGGGACCACGACGUAUACAGGCACGUUUUCUCCUUCAAGAUAUUCCUACACGUCGCGCGAGUCGGAUAUCCAGCGCUAUUCAUCGGAUGGAGACGAAUCAGAGCAGCACAUGAGGCGCGUCGCCGUAUCUCCUUCCCCGUCGCAGGAGUACGAUGAUUACAACGACGACAAUUCUAUCGACGAAGUUGACGCCACUCUCAACAAUCUGGACGAAGAGAUUGACAAUACCGAGCAAGCAGUGUCCGACUGGUCGGGCUCUUAUUCACCACUGGGGGGGAGGACGUUUUCAUCUGCUACGGGGACGUUCACCUACUCCGGCACCUACACGGGUUCUCCUUCCUUCGUCUCUCUGCCGACGUUCUCGCCUCGGUCUCCACCCCAACAUCAAGUCGAACCAAGGUUUCGUCUCAGCCGUAUCACGGAGAGGACGGAGGAGUCACGUCCUUCAUCGGCUUCACUCUCGACUUCGCGACCAGCUAAUCCAACCCCCGAUAACCUUCGACGGUCGGCUUUACUGGGAGUUACGCCUUCCCAUUCUCGAGCUUCGACAGACCCAAGUUCAGAUAGGACGCUGCCAGCUCCUGGACGGCUCGGAGAGCUCAUUGCUGUGUUUGAAUCUCCAGGACACACCCGCACAUCUUCUACACCUGGCUAUCGAGCUUCAAGCCCCAUGCUUACCAGUGCAGGGUACGGUUAUGGAACAACAUCGUAUGGGUAUGGGUCGCGUUCGUCUUCGCCGACCAAAUCAGCAAGUGGGUCGUCGGGGUCCAACGUCGGCCCAAGUUUGCUUUCCCCUCCAGAAAGGCCAACCACAACAUCGGGAUUUCGGUCUACAACGAGUGGGACAGUGACGGGAACCGGAACGGCAACUGGAGGAUACACCAGCCAAACACCAAGCACAUACACUAACAUCAACACUUGGACUAACAGAAACACUGGUACUGGAUCAUAUACCACGCCAAGCAUGCAGUCGAGGACAUAUACCGACACCAAUACUGACACAUAUACCAACACCGACACGCAGACUUACACUCAUCGAAACACCGAAGACACCUUUACUCGCACUUCUGUCACUCCUAGCUCCGGUUUAAGAAAGCCGCAAACGUCACCAAGGUCCCCCCUUGCUUCAGUGAGGAACAUAGUUGCCCUAUGGAAGGAACGCACGCCGGCAUCUGGACGAUCGGGCGACAGGUCGCCCCUCACGUCGGUCUCGCCGCCCCAGGAUAAUGACGGGCUAUAUGGCAUUCGGCGUCGUGUUGAAGGGGCACGUGCGAGGCUUCGAGAGUCACGUCAAAUCAGCAAUCCGCUCGUGACACCCACUCGCCCAGCCCUAGAAGAUGUACCUGACAAUGCCAGCGUCAGGAGCGGUCGUAGCGGCGUCUUACCGCCUGGCUUCGAUCUCAACGAGUUUAGUAACUAUGCCCAGAGUAAAGAGCCACCUGUUCAUAUUGGCUUGCUAUGGUACCUCAACGUCCAUGCCUCUCCUCCAUAUCGUUGGCAGAGAUGCCAGGCGUUGUUGUAUCCACACAUGCUUCUGCUCUCCUGGCUUGCGCCGGGAGGUGGUCGCGGUAUUGUGGCGCUUGACCUCCUGAACUGUACAAGUGUACAAUCGGCUCCUUCGCCGACUCAUCCAAGCGCCCGCGACGAUGUUGGAACAAUCGCAGCAAGGCAGCAAAUGAGCGAGCGUGAUGCACUUCCGCUUAUGGACAUGCUCGUACCAUUUCACAUGCUGUAUGCAGAUGGGGUCGAGCGGUUGGCGGCCGAAAGUCUGCUUGAAAGGCAAAAAUGGGUGAAUAGGCUUUGGGAGGCUGUCAAUCGGCCUCUUGUGGUGCCAAAUUCGGUCUCUGUUACCAGAUCGCCGACAGGGUCCAUCCGGACUAUUCUCUCUAUCAAUAGCAGCAGCAGCACUUCCAGCAAUGGGUCGCGAUCCACGGUCUUUGUUCCCCCUCUCAGCUCGCUUCCAGACAUCUCCGACUUCCAGUCAACUACAUCUGGCCUUUCUCGUCAAUCAUCUAUUAUCACAUCCCACCACACUCGCACUGUUGACGACACAGUGAUUCAGAACCAGGAGUAUGUCUAUCCCGGCGAUCCUCGAGUCAUUACACCCACACGUGGACGGUCUUUGCGACGACGGAGUGGGUCCAUGACGGACCUGGACGAUGAGUUCAAGAUGGCGAUUAGCCGUGCCAGAGAUGCAGCGGGAAGGUUUUUUGGUGGCUCUCCAGUAACGAUCUCCAGCGGGUCUUCGCUCGGAAAGAACAUUUUCAUUACCCCUCCUCCCAGCGUCGGGCGUGGCGGUGACAGGGCGAGGUCAGAGGCAUCCGAUGAGCACUUCUUCAGUGCUGGUUCCUCGGAUGGUGUUCGAUCGAACGUGUCGUCGACGUACUUCUCCCAGACGUCCCUUACUUCAACCGGUCGUCGUCGUACGAUGACUGGCCCCACGACUGCGACAUCUCCCACUCAAGUUUCAUCCUCAACCUUCACAUCCACAUACCGUCCCUUGACUGGUUCCGGCUCAUCCAGAAAUGGGGAUUCAGAGCUGUCCUUUGCUGAUUCUCCUUCUACGUUGUCGCGAGCGAGAGAAAUACGGCGCCGGGUGGCCGGCACAUCGAGGUCAUAUUCAUCAGGUUAUCAAACCGAAGGAUCCCAUUCCUCGUCGGAUAAAGAGAAUGACGAUGCUAGAGGUGGAUCGCGCACGCCUACCGGCAGCUACACCCCCGGCAGCGGUUCGCUGUCACUAAGUGGAAGAGGGAGUGGAAGUUAUACUGGCAGCUAUUCGCAUAGCCGUAGCCGUACCCCGACGGGCAGUUACAGUGGAAGUGAAAGGUCGAGGUCGAGGAGUGGAAGUUAUAGCGGUACCGGCAGUCGAACAGGCAGUGGUGGAUACACCCCGAGCGGAAGUUACACUCCCGGAAGCUUGGAUAGUGGAAGCUAUACCCUUCAGGCGGCUACCAAUGGAGCUGAAAGCACCUCGAGCAGUGGCAUCGGAGGCCAUACACCCAUUUCAUCAAGCGAGACAGGUUACGACGUGUGUCCGUCCUCCGACUUUACAGACCUCACCCGACCGACUUUGACAUCUGAGUCUGAGACGGCUGCGCCUUUUUCUCCCCCAUCGCCGACUAUCUCAGCAGCAGCUCCAGCUUCAGAAAAAUACGUCACUGCGUCUCAGGCAAGCACUGAAUAUGUCACUGCGGUUGUUCAGUCUUCGAGGACUUCUAUCACCUCCUUCGAAUCUUUCCCGACGAUCCCAGGUUCAGAGUACUUGAGUGCUGAAUCAGUCUCGACGGAGUAUCGCACAGCUUCUGACCCAGGUGUCGAAACGGAUUUCCUGACAGCGUCAGAGCCAUCGGAGCCCUCGCCUCCGUCCGAGUACGUCGGCUUUGAGGACGAGCUGGAAGAAAUACCCUCGGAAUCGCAGCUGAACACUCCUGUCCUUUCGUCCCUUGAUCUUGAUCUGGACCGUGGGCGGGAGGAGGAGGAACGCAGCAUAAUACGUGUUCCUUCGGCUAUCCCAACGAUUAGGUCACCAUCGAUUUUCUCCGAACUCCUUCCUGAGGAGAUUCCACUGCCACCGUCGGCACCUCCAUCAGUUCCGCCUCCUGCUACUUUGAGCCUGCCUUCUCCAUCUCCGUCGCCGUCUUUGCCCUCCCUUCCGGUGACACAGCCUCCGCCGACCUCCCCACUCUUGCCGUCGUUGUCACCAUCAUUGUCUCCGACGCCGACACCGUCGCUACGCCCGUCGAUACCACCGUCCCUGCCGCCGUCCUUGCCGUCAUCAUCACCUUCCUUAUCUCUAACACCAUCGCCACUGGCUGAGUCUACGGAGGAGCGAGAUGUCGCAACACCCACCUCGUUCCAAAUCCCUCCAACUACGGAGUCGUCAGUGCAAGAACCCGAACUCCCUAUUGAUCAGGACGAGGAUGCAAUUGACGAAGAGACUGUCAGCCUUAGCCUGCUUUCUUCUCUUCCUCCUUCGACUUUGGGUUCAACUUCAGUUAUUACACCUACGUCCCUCGACAUUUCAUCUGCCUCCACAGCUUCAACGUUGCCACCCUCUACUCCUGUCCUGCCCCGGACUACGUCGGCAUACGUGUCUGAAUCAUCUCUCUCGACGUCCGCGGAUCUAACAACUUUUACUCAGACGUCGUCUUCCUUGGUACCCCCGAGCCCGCAACCAUGGGCAACGGCAACUGACAUUUCAUACGAAUCAUCAAUUCUCCAACCUUCGCCGUCUAUUCGGUCUAUCGCACUCCAUGAAAGCAUUGAGACGUCGUUUGAGACCUCCUUCCUUCGACCAAGUGGGUCACCGUCCUCCAUCGGACGUAUGAGCACGAUCCCACCAUCUCCUUCUCCUUUGACGUCGGCCCCGCCCCAAUCCCCUUUGCAGCCUUUGACCCCUGUUCCUGCAUUACCGCCUUCCAUCUCUUCUGCUACAGAUGUCGAGACUCCCACAAGCCUCAUGUUCAGUUCCGAAUCAUCGAGCUCCCUCGGAAGGACGUUAUCAACAUAUUCGUCAUCGUCAUAUGUUUCGCAGUCUUCAUUAAGCUCCUCUAUAUUUGGAUCUGGCUCAGAGAUCGACUGGGAGGAGCCUCAGCCACCGCCAGAGCUCGAGCCAGAGCCAAAGCCAGAUGUUGACCUGCGUUCAGAACCGUCCACCGUGCCAACGUUACUCAGCACACCACGUCCUUCACACCACAGCCCCUCUCUGACUCCAAGUCCGGUUCCAACUCAAAGGCUUCUCACACCAGAAGGCUCUCUUAUUGUUAGCAUCACCACGCCACAGGGUAGCGGGGCAACGGAGCAGUCCAGCCUGAGGACGAUACCCUCAGUCAGUACAGUGAUCACAGAAAGAGAUCUCGCUCGCGAGAUGGAUCGACUUGUCGGCGAAUUACACACCUACGAUCAAGCUCGCGGUCUCGAAAACGAAGAGAUUGCUGAAAAUGUCAGAGCACUGCGAGAGGAGCUGCGUGACCUUGCAAACUUUCUUCAGCGCACUCCGCCACCCUCGACCGCGCCAAUUGACCCCGUGCCAGGCCGGCCAGUGGAAGAGCGAGUACGUGUUGGCGUUCAACUUGUAGAUCGGUCCAUUGGUGGCAGCAGCGUAGUGUCUUCAUUACGGCCUUCAGGACUGCGAGUCAUGGAGGUAACUCUGCCUCCAGCUCCUGCUACAUCCUUGAGUCGUGCCACCAGCAACGCGAGCAGCCAAGGCUCUUAUUUGUCGUCACAUCAUUCGGAUGACUUCCUCUUUGAUGAGCCUCGAUCUCCACCCAUUUCUACAGGCAUUUUCGAAGCUGAGGAUGUGGAGGAUGACAUCACGACUGAGAUUUCCUCUAGUCCUCCAGAAACUAGUUCGUCGAGUGUUUCGUCAAGCCCCUUGUCGCCCUCAAGUGAGCUCUCUUCGGAGGCCAGCACUGUAAGGCAGACAGCUCCGGAUGCCCUGGAACGAGCUCUACGGGGCAUUCAAGCACAACUUGGGGAUUUGGAACGGGCCCAGGCCUCCGCGAGAAAUCUUUUGGAAGCUUUGCAGGAGCGACAAGUCCCAGCCCCGGAAGAUCACACCGGAGAGCUUGCUGAUCGAUUGCAGCGUAUUGAGGAGCUCAUACAAAAUCUCCUUGAGCAAGGCCACCCCAGAGGACCGGAGAUUGUUGUUCCCGCUCCAACAGCCACUCGCACGGUAUCAAUCUCAGAAUCAUCUGAUUCGUUGAGACGGUUGCGAUCCAUUUUGCACGAAUUGGCUUCUCCCCUGGAAGAUGGUCCUCAUGCACCGUCGCCCAGGACUGCGCAAGCUGGCCCAUCAGUUGCUCAACAGCUGGACACCAUCCUUUCUUCUGCUCACGACCCUCGCCCACGCCCGCCACCGGAGUUGCCGCAGGUGAGGCCGUUUAUCUAUCGACCGACGGAACGAGGCGAUCGUGCGCGAAGUGCGAGUCCAGCUUCAAUCGAGACCGUGCCACCGCGCCCGCCAACUGUUCCUCUGGUUUUUGUUAGGCCGUCAGAGCGUUAUCGUGCGCGAGAGGCUAGAGUACGACCAGUAGAACCAUCCGAGCCCGACACUAUCACGCAAGCUGCAACAUUCCGUCGGCCCUCACACCCACCUGACAUCAGUCCUGAAGAACUCUUGAAUGAACAACGACGACAACGCGACCUUCUUCAGCAAGCGUCUCAACCUCAGCCUCAGCCACCGCCUCGAGUUCAAGGCAGACCAGUGCCUCCUCCUCCGCAACCUGUUCUGCCCACGAGCCUUUAUGACUCGCGACCUCCUCGAGUUGAGACCGCUCCUCCGGACUUCGGUGACGAACCUGCACGAGGGACCAGAAGCUGGUACCAACGCCCUGGACAGCCUCGGCGUGCGGCUGUUCCUUCUGCCUCUGGUCCAAGUGCCCCUUCGCCUACAGCUGGCCCUUCAAGGCAACCUUCUGGAAUCCGUUACAUGCCGAUGCCCUCUGGUCCCACAUUUGUGCAACUGCCGCCGCUUUUCGAUUCACUUAUGGAAAUUCUCAGAGAGAAUCGCUUGGCACAGCUGGCCACUGUCGACCAACAACGUGAAUUAAUGAGAUACAUGAGAGGCCUGAACGAGUGGCUGGAGCGCGAUGUCCAUGAUCGACAAUCAGAGUUACGAGGAGUUGUUGCAAGAGUCGAUCAACUCAGUGAUUACAUUCGGGACAUGCAAAGGCAUGCUCGUGCCGCCUCAACACCGUCAAGUACGACUGAAUCAGAUACCCAAGUGUUUUACCCCCCCGGCCCCCCUGGACCUUCAAUGCCACAGCCACAGCCGUAUGGAGGGUAUCCAGCUGGCUUUCAACCGUUUGACCGUCCCGUCGUCCCCAGCGUUGUCCCGGAUAUCACUCCUCGACCAGCAUUUGGUCCUGUGAUACCUCAAGCUCCUCAACCAACUAUCAUUGUCCAGCCUGGCGGCGUAAUACCUCCAACAGCAGGGGUCGCGCCGGCCAUCCCGAUGGAUGGAUAUCAUACCGGAGGACCUGGACCGCAGCCUGUGCUUCGCGUUCCAACAGAACCUCCCAUCUUUAUUCCUCCGGGUUUUUCUCCCUCUGGCAGCACCGGGACACCCCGACCCGCGAUUCCUAUACCCACCCCGACACCAAUGUACUCAACAAUGGGUCCAAACGUCGUUCACGUGCCUCCAAGUCCUGAAAGUUCAACUACCAGUAGCACUCGCCGAACUCGCAGUCCCCGACGUCGUCCAAGCACUGGGACAGGAAGGAGCCGACGGUAUGGUAGUCCAACUUACUCUUCUCGUUCAAGGAGCAGGCGUCGACGCUCUCGUUCUCGCUCAAGGAGCAGAUCACCCAGUCCUCCGCUGAUGGUCACCAAUGGUUCUCCGCGCAUUCCAAUGCAAGCCUAUCCCCCAAGUCGACCUGCUUCCGCGAUGUAUCCGCCAACACCGACCGUUCAUGUCGUCCCGCCAUCCGCUCCGUCUAUGGCCCCUCAUUCGAUGUACGACGGUGUACCUCAGCAGCAACAGCCAACCAUUAUUAUUCAGCAGCCGUCUCAGCCAGCAGCGCAGCAACCAGGGAUUCAGCAACCUCCGGUCAUUAUUCAACAGCCUCCGCCAGUAGUCCAACAGCCACCAACCUUCAUGCCACCCAUGGAGACCGUACCAAGCAUGACGCCAAUGCCUAUGAGUCCUCUAGGGAUACCUCCCUCUGGGAUGCCCAUGACUGGUGUUCCUAUGACUGGUGUUCCAAUGCAAGGCAUGCCAAUGGGUGUUCCGAUGACGGGCAUGCCAAUGGGUGUUCCAAUGACGGGCAUGCCAAUGGGUGUUCCAAUGACGGGCAUGCCAAUGGGCGUCCCAAUGACGGGCGCACCACCCGUAAUAGUUCAACAAGGUAGUCCUCGUUCGAGCAGGUCGAGGAGUAGUGGUAGAAGACGGCGCUCCCGAGAGAGGAGGACUCCUCCACCCGCUGCUGCGCCUGCGCCUGCACCUGCACCUGUCAUUAUCACCGGAACUGAACGUCGGUCUCGUUCUCGUUCACCGCGUAGGCAUACUCCACCACCAGCACAGAUGCCUGCUGGCCUUACAAUCCUUCCAUCUCAACCUCUUGGCCCUGGUGCCCAAGGACCGGUCAUGAUGAUGCCUGCUCGCUCGCCUUCAAGACGGAGUCAUCGCAGUCGGCGGCGGAGCCAUUCUCCCGACCGUGUCAUGGUUCAACCACAACUACCCACUAUCUAUGCCCCACCAGUAAGCCAAGCCGCACCUGCACAACCGCAAGUGCUUGUUCCUGGCACGGCUAUGGCACCAAUGCCCGUUGUUCUUCCACAUUCACCCCGUCGUUCUCGCUCAAGAUCCAGAGAACGCCGGGAUGCACCAAUCAUUCUUCCUGGCGCUAUACAGCAGCCUUUAUCUCGUCGCUCGCCAUCCCCUCACCGUCGUUAUUACACCAGCUCACGAUCUCCUCCGCAUCGGCGCCGGUAUACUAGAUCUCCUUCACCUCGUCGGCGUCGUUCGAGGACACCAUCUUCUCCGCGUCGUCGCCGUACUCGGAGCCCAUCUCCGAGACGUCAUCGCUCUCGCUCGAGAACGCCUACUCGGGCUCACUAUCCUUCGACAACUCCAGUGGCUGUGAUUCCUCCACCACCUAUCGGAAUGAUGCCUAGCCACCCUGGCUAUUACCCGACUCACCGCUCUACUCGUUCGCCUUCACCUAGACGCCGCUCUCCCACCCGUGUUCAAGUCGUUGGCGAUCCUGGUGAUCGCAGACGCUCCUAUUCUCCUCAUCGCAGCCCUUCUCGAGCCCGGCAUGCGGUGAUUUCUCCUAGACGUCGUCGAUAUUAUUCUCCCAGAGAUGAGUAUCGUGGCCGUCCAUAUUCUCCAAGAGACGGAUAUCGCAGCCGCGCAUAUUCUCCAAGAGAUGAUUCUCGCGGCCGUCCCUAUUAUUCGCCCCGAGGUCGGAGUUAUAGGCGCUCUUACUCGCCUCGAAGCCUCGACUCCCGUGAUCGCUAUCGUACGGAGCGUGGAUAUCCUUCUGGUCGACCUCGUUCCUAUACUCCUUCUCCUAGACGUCCUAUUCCCGGAGUCCGCCGAGCAAGGACACUCUCGCCAACGUCAAGUAUCUAUUCGCCCCGCCGGAGCCGUUAUCAAGACAGACCGCGUUCCCCAAGACGAACGGGAAGAACUGCCAGUCCUCGUCCAAUUUCCAGACAAGCGACAGGGGUCGCACCGACAGCAGAAAGCGGUCCACGGGACGAAAUUCGAAUCGUUGUUCCUUCCCGAGGUGCUGAACAUAGACCCCCUACAAUAUUUAGCGCCGCCGGCAGCGACGCAGGGCGUGCUUAUCCUAGUCGUCCGGUAACCCCUCAUCGAGUUGCAUCGCAAGUUUAUUCUCCCCGAGGCUCUACGUAUCAUUCUCCUCCUCCCGCUGUUCACGUCCGUCCUCCUAGUAUUCGGAGCGAGAGAUCACCGCCACCGGGGCCAUCUCGUGUUCCCAGUAUUCUCGCUGAAGUACCGAGAGCAGAAGCACCGAGAGCAGAAGCACCAAGAGCAGAGACAGGACGGCCACCACUCAGCCGCCCUCCCACGGCACAGCCACCCGAACAGAUCGCACGGCCUCCAAUUGUGCCAGGCGAACGUGCAGCAACUCCCCAACCCCCUCCUCGACUCACAACCCCUUUCGAUUUCCGCGUCGCGGACGAAAACCGAGAACAACUGGAUGCUCUCAAUGAAGCAGCCAACCGUCUUCAACUCAUCUCCGCUGCCGCAGAGGAAUCUGAAGAUCAAAGAGAGCUUGAGUUCCGUCACCACGAAGAUCAUCGCGAGCAAGUUUUCCUGGAGCACGAGGAGCGAAGGAACCAAGAGGCGAGGGAUCGAGCUGCAGGAAUAUGGAACGAACUGGAAUCGCGCCUUGCUGCUUUGCCAGCUCCCGCUCCGCCUGUCCAACCUGAGGAGGAGGCCCCCAUAACUGAGGCUGAGGCGGCUGCUCAGAAGGAGGGUGACAAGGAGUCUAUUGCUUCGAUCAGAACUCUUGCUACACAGGCGGCGACGCAACAUGCCGCCGAAUUGAUGGAAACAAUCCGACUUGAGCGAGAAGAUGCUGCUAGAGAGCGCGAGGAAAUGGCAGCCGAACGUGCGCAGCUGCUGGCCGAGCUCAGGGCAGAAAAAGAUCGCGUCAUCGAGGAGAAGGACAACAGGAUCAAGGCCUUGGAGGACGAGCUUUCGCAAUUGCGCAGCGAGUUUGAAGCGGAGAGGCAGCAGCGAGAGACGCAAGAAUCGGAGAUGAGAGAGCGAGAGAGAGAGGAGAGGAUGGAGCGUGACGAGUUUGUGCGUGCACAGUUGGGCGACAUCACCAACCUUGUUCAGGACCAACGUGACAUGUGCGAAACGAAGAAACAGCUGAUGGAUGCCCGAUGGGAAGAGAAGCAAGUACGUCGACAGGACAAAGAGGCACAGAUGAUUGAGCUACGGGACAUGGUCCAAAAGAUUCACGAAGACAUGGAGACUGAUAGAAACAGAGCCGACGAUGAACGUCGCCAGUCGCGGGAAGCCAUGGAGAGGAUCAUCGACGAUUUGCAGACGCAGAAUGCCCAACAACGCGAAUUGUUGACGCAAUUGUCCGAGAGUUGGAGAGCCGAUUGCGAGAAGCACCACGAAGAAACCCUGAACGCUGUCAGGUCGACUGCCAAUGAGCAAGUACCAUUCAACGUCCAAGGCUAUCUCGAUGAAUUCAGCCGAGCUUUGGCAACAGAAGUGCGAAUGCUUCUGGGCGAAGUUGGAAAGAUUCGAGAAGAACGUCGGGCACUUCAACAUGAAAUCGGCGAUUUGCUUUGCAUGAGGUCCAAGUAUGGUCCUGGCGGAGAGUAUGAACCUGAUUGGAAACCGCCUCCUCCACCCGCCCCUCCUCCUGAAGCCAUGGCACCAUCUCUGCCUGAUCCUCCAGCGGCCGCUUUCGUGCCGCCCGCAUGGAGGAAGGUUCCCCCACCUCGCGAGAAGAAGAAAAAGACGAAGAAAUCGCAGCAGGCUGCUGCCUCGACUUCUGCACCUCCGCCAGCGAUGCCUAUGGCACAACAAUACGAUGAUGCCAGACACCAGCUGACGUCGUGGGCUACUUGGAUGCCUAAUCGCGACAACCUCACGCCUUUGUCGGUGGAGCCCACCAUUGUUCCAGUUGAGCGUCGACCCAGUGGGCUGUUCGGUCCGGCCUCAUCGAACGGUUCGAUGUAUGAGCAACCUCGGUAG